AGGAACACACAGCGGUGGCCGCGGCGGCGGCGGCGCAGCUAUGGGAGCUAACGCGCGGUCUUUGGGGGUCGACGCUGGCUGCGGCCGGGGUGCAGCGGGUCCCUGGACAAGCUUCCGCGCGCUGCGACCACUGCUCCCACCCCUUUUCUUUCUUUUUUUGUUUUUGGCUGCGCCCAGCGCUCGGGCCGCCGGAUACGAGACAUGUCCCACCGUGCAGCCAGACAUGCUCAACGUGCACCUGGUGGCCCACACACAUGAUGACGUGGGCUGGCUCAAGACAGUGGACCAGUACUUUUACGGCAUCCACAAUAACAUCCAACAUGCGGGUGUACAGUACAUCCUAGACUCGGUCAUCUCUUCCCUGCUGGCGGAACCUACCCGUCGUUUCAUCUAUGUGGAGAUGGCCUUCUUCUCCCGUUGGUGGCAUCAACAGACAAAUGCAACACAGGAUGUUGUGCGGGACCUGGUGCGCCAGGGGCGCCUAGAGUUUGCCAAUGGUGGUUGGGUGAUGAAUGACGAAGCGGCCACCCACUACGGAGCCAUUAUAGACCAGAUGACACUAGGACUGCGCUUCCUGGAAGACACGUUUGGCAGUGACGGGCGCCCCCAUGUGGCCUGGCACAUCGACCCCUUUGGACAUUCUCGGGAGCAGGCCUCACUGUUUGCUCAGAUGGGCUUUGACGGCUUCUUCUUCGGGCGUCUGGAUUAUCAAGAUAAGUGGGUGCGGAAGAAGAAACUUGAGAUGGAGCAGGUGUGGCGGGCCAGUGCCAGCCUGAAGCCCCCUGCUGCCGACCUCUUCACCAGUGUGCUCCCCAACAUGUACAAUCCACCGGAGAAUCUUUGCUGGGAUGUCCUGUGUGCUGACAAACCUGUUGUGGAGGACCCGCGCAGCCCUGAGUACAAUGCCAAAGAACUGGUCGAUUACUUCCUAAAAUUAGCCACAGCCCAGGGCCAGUUCUACCGCACCAACCACACCGUGAUGACCAUGGGCUCAGACUUCCAAUAUGAGAAUGCCAACAUGUGGUUCAAGAACCUUGACAAGCUCAUCCAGCUGGUUAAUGCCCAGCAGGCCAAUGGGAGCCGUGUCAAUGUUCUCUACUCUACUCCAGCCUGCUACCUCUGGGAGCUGAACAAGGCCAACCUCACCUGGUCGGUGAAACAAGAUGACUUCUUCCCUUAUGCUGAUGGCCCCCAUAUGUUCUGGACUGGCUACUUUUCCAGCCGGCCAGCUCUCAAACGCUAUGAGCGCCUCAGCUAUAACUUCCUGCAGGUGUGCAACCAGCUGGAGGCGCUGGCAGGUCCCGCGGCCAACGUGGGACCCUAUGGCUCUGGAGACAGUGCACCCCUCAAUGAGGCAAUGGCAGUGCUCCAGCACCACGAUGCAGUCAGUGGGACCUCCCAGCAGCACGUGGCAGACGACUACGCGCGCCAGCUGGCAGCAGGCUGGGGACCCUGCGAGGUUCUCCUGAGCAACGCGCUGGCGCGGCUCAGCGGCUCCAAGGUGGAGUUCACUUUCUGCCGCAACCUUAACAUCAGCCUUUGUCCGCUCAGCCAGACCGCGGAGAGUUUCCAGGUGACCAUUUAUAACCCUUUGGGGCGGAAAGUAGAUUGGAUGGUGCGGCUUCCAGUCAGCAAACACAUUUUCCUUGUAAAGGAUCCCAGUGGCACAGUUGUGCCCAACAAUGUGGUGACAAUGCCCAGCUCAAACGGACAGGAGCUGCUUUUCUCAGCCUCAGUGCCUGCCCUCGGCUUCAGCAUCUACUCAGUAACCCAAGUGCCUGGCAGGAGCCCACGGGCUCCCGUGCCCCAGCCUCGAUUUCAGAAGCCCUCGUCCCGAGACUUGACCAUUCAAAAUGAGUACAUCUGGGCUAGGUUUGACCCUGACACCGGGCUCUUGGUGGAGAUGAAGAACCUGGAGCAGGACCUCCUGCUGCCUAUUCGCCAAACCUUCUACUGGUACAACGCCAGUACAGGCAACAACCUAAGCACCCAGGUCUCAGGUGCCUACAUCUUCAGACCCAACCAACAGGAACCUCUGCUCAUAAGUCAUUGGGCUCAAACCCGCCUGGUGAAGACGGACUUGGUGCAGGAGGUGCACCAGAACUUCUCAGCCUGGUGUUCCCAGGUGGUUCGCCUGUACCCAGGACAGCGGCACCUGGAGCUGGAGUGGACAGUGGGACCAAUACCUGUAGGUGAUGGCUGGGGGAAGGAAGUCAUCAGUCGUUUUGACACUGCCCUGGAGACAAAAGGACUCUUCUUCACUGACAGCAAUGGCCGGGAGAUCCUGGAGAGGAGGAGGAAUUAUCGACCCACUUGGAAGCUAAACCAGACUGAGCCAGUGGCAGGAAACUACUAUCCAGUCAACAGCCGUAUUUACAUUACGGAUCAGAAUGUGCAGCUGACUGUGCUGACUGACCGCUCCCAGGGGGGCAGCAGCUUGAGAGAUGGCUCCAUAGAGCUCAUGGUGCACCGACGGCUGCUGAGAGACGAUGCACGUGGAGUUGGGGAGCCGCUGCUGGAGUCGGAGUCGGGGUUGUGGGUACGAGGGCGGCACCUCGUGUUGCUGGACAAAGCCCAGACCGCGGCUGUUAGGCACCGGUUAGAGGCAGAAAAGGAGCUCCUGGCCCCACAGGUUGUGCUGGCCCGGGGUGGCGGCACCCCGUACCAUCUGGAGGUCGCCCCGCGCAAGCAGUUCUCCGGAUUGCGCCGGGAACUGCCGCCCAGUGUGCACCUGCUCACACUGGCCCGCUGGGGCCCGAAAAUGCUGCUGCUGCGCUUGGAGCACCAGUUCGCGGUCGGGGAGGACAUGAGCGGCAACUUGAGCUCUCCAGUUACUUUGGACUUGAGGGAUCUGUUCUCUGCCUUCACCAUCACCAACCUUAAGGAGACUACGCUGGCUGCUAACCAGCUCCAGGCCAGUGCCUCCAGGCUCCAGUGGACACCGAACACGGGCCCCACACUCAAGCCCUCUCCCUGCCGGCUGGACCCCGCCAGCAUCACACUGCAGCCCAUGGAAAUCCGCACCUUCCUGGCCUCAGUCCAAUGGGAAGAGGAUGGUUAGACCUGCUGGGGGCAGGCUGCCCCCUUCUCCACCUCAGCCCCCUCCUGCAGAGGUGGGGCAAACGUCCUCUUUUCUUGCUGCUGUUGCACCAGUGAAAGCCAUUAAAAUGCCACUACCAAGCCUCGGGUCGAGGUGUGACUGAGUGCUUUUUUUUGAGGGUGAUAAAAUUUAUGACCCAGAAAGGUCUGUAAUCUCUAGCUGACCCUUGAUCCGAAGCCUUGCAGAGAGUCACUUGGCUGCCUGAAUCCUUACACCAGACUCUAGUGUUCACACCCUGCCUCAUCCACUCCUCUGUCCACCAGUCCUG